AAUAAAAGAAAGCCAGAAAACAAACAAGAUAGUUUGAAGAUAACAAUAACUCAUUGCCGCAUCGUGAUCGAACAAUCGGUGUAUGAUCUGAAUUACGUAACUGGCAAACAAAACCACCUUAAUCAAAUAUUGGACGCACAUUCCUCCACCCUUUUGAAACUGGUUUAUUUUAUAACUUAUUCCAAAUAUCAAUCUUGCAUGUCUCGUCAUCAGUUUAAGUUCAUACACCCAAUUGGAAUCUACCUCUUCUAUAACUCUUCUGAGUUAUGAAGAACACUUAUUAUUUUAAGGUGACACGAGCACAGUAGCGUAACUACCAAACAAAAUAAUAUUAAUUUAAGGAAGAUGAAGUGCUUACCUAUUUCACUGACGGUUUUCGUCUGUGCGAUCCUCGGCGUAUCUGGUCAAAGCCCUAGCCCUAGAGUGACAGUAGCAGAAGGUGAUCUUGUAGGGAAGACUGUUCAGUUCAGUGAGGAUCGGUACAUCAACGUAACCAAAGAUGUCGAUGUAUUUCUGGGUAUUCCAUUCGCAAGUCCUCCGAUGAGGUUUGCUCCUCCAGAGCCCAUGACAACUUGGGUAGGUGACAGGAAUGCUACGGAGUUCUCACCUGCCUGCCAGCAAGCUCCUUCACCAGUGUACUUCCCGGUUUUGUCGGAGGAUUGUCUCUACCUGAACGUCUACACUCCAAGCCCAAAGCCAUCUGGUAUACCCGUCCUUGUGUGGAUACACGGAGGGGGGUUUUCAGCUGGGACAGCAAUGACUUAUGACUACUACGGAGUUCCUCUUGUUGCCGUCGGUGACGUCAUAGUGGUAACCUUCAACUACCGCUUGGCAAUCUUUGCACAGUUUUCAACUGAGGAUGCUGAAUCUCCUGGCAAUUACGGAAUGUUGGAUCAAGUUGCUGCAUUAAAGUGGAUUUACAACAACAUUGAAGCUUUUGGUGGUGAUAAGGACCAGAUAACUAUCUUUGGAGAAAGCGCGGGAUCAGCGAGUGUCAAUUUUCAUCUUCUUUCAGAACAAAGUAGAGGCCUCUUUAACCAGGCAAUUCUUCAGAGUGGAACAACAUUGUGUCCUUGGGCUUUCAGGCACGAUCCAGCUAGCGAAGUUGAAAAAGCACAGCAACUUGGAAGAGAGAUGGGUUGUGAAGAUGUCUCCUCUACCUCUGCUUUGGUUUCUUGUCUAAGAGACAUAGAAGACCCGGUGGCCCUGAGCACAGCAGCAGAUAAGGUUUAUGCAGCGUUUUAUCCCGUCACUAUGGAUGGAACUUUCUUGGAAGAGACACCGACCAAACACUAUGAGAUGGGCAAUUUCGUCAACUUGCCCAUGAUGAUAGGUUUCAACAGAGACGAGGGGACCUUGAUGCCAUUCCUCUUCUAUCCACAGUACAUCGGAAGUCCUACACCACCAGAAAUCAACAGAACCACCUUCGAGUACAUCAUCAAGGCUACCAUGAUCAACAAUGGUAGAGAUGAUGAGAUCGUACACGACGCCGUAUUGCAGGAAUAUAUUGACUGGACAAUUGCUGACGAUCCAGAAAGUGAUUACUUCCAGUCAUGGGUGAAGUUUGGCACCGAUUCAGAAUUUGCCUGUCCUUCUGAUUUUGUCAUGAGAAAACACCAAGAAGCUGGUUCGACUGUUCACAAAUAUUUCAUGACGCAUGCACCAUCCAAGAGUUUAUUCAUGCAUGGAGACAUAUAUCCGAACAUACCUUGGUUGGGCGCUGGGCACGCAGAAGAUUUGACAUUUGUGUGGGGCCACCCUUUCAUCGAUGAACUUUAUAACAUCCGCGGACAUAAUAUGACCGACGAAGAAAACGCCCUGUCCGUCAAGUUCAUGCAAUUUUGGACUAACUUUGCCAAAUCAGGUGACCCCAGCAAGUCAAGUGUCGAUGGAGAAGCAGGUGUAGGAGUCGAUUCAUGGCCCUUGUACACUAUCCCUGAGCUCAAACACAAGGAACUCUCUCUAGAACUGGGUGAAGGCAGAGCUGUGUUGGCGAGACAGUGCCAUUUCUGGAACGAAUAUUUACCAGAUUUGGAGACAUUUGCAAACACUAUUGACGAGGAUGAGAGAGAAUGGCGGGAGAGCUAUGAUGAUUGGAAGGAUGAAAUGACCGACUGGCAGCAGGCCUUUGAAGAAUACAAACAGCUACCAACGUGCAAUUAAACGACAAUCAUAUUCCGUUGGAACAAUUUGAAAAAGGAUAGGAAUUGAGAUUUGUAGAAUAGUUGUGUUAUCAGAUUCAUUUACUACAAAUGAUGUAUUCUAAUUUAUUCUUAAGCAAAAUAUUGUAUUUUUUUCAUUUACUUUGAAAAACACAAACGACCCACGCGUUGAAAGGUAAAAUUCAAUAUACAGUACAGUGUAAUUCUCGAACAAAAAAUUAAGUUAUUUUAAUUAGUAUAAUGGAACAGGGUUGGCUGAUUUAAAUCGUGAUUUAAAUCACCAUGAGUUUAAAAAAAUCAUUGACUUAAAUCACUUCCAUUGAAUGUGUACAAAUGAUUGAUAAUUAUUUGUGUUGUGUUCUUUUACUCAAAUGAAGAAGAUUAAUAUCUACUCAGAGCUAUUGAAAUCAAGUCAAUAAAACCAAAAUAAUCUUGCUAAGCCAAUGAUAUACAUGUAGUCUAUUUAACACAAACAUGCACACCCCUACUCCAUUGUUAUAUGUGGACUAACACAUUUUCCCUGUAAAAAUUUUCUAUGAUAAUGAAAAGAAACAAAGUCCUUGUUUCGUUACGUCAAAAUCCAAAAGUGUUUUUAAAGGACAGAUUUUAUGAAAACAUCAUAUAGUAAGUCAAGGGUUAUUGGCAGUUGUUCUCUUCUGAUCAUUCACAUGAGCUACUAUAUAUAUUGCUCGCCAACACUAACAAUUUGUUCAUAUCUAUCCAAAGCAAUAGCACUUCAGAACAAAAAAGAUAUCUAAGAAGUUAUAAAACAGAAACUUUGAACUCAGAGGGCUGAAUUCCACCAGAGGAUUUUACCAGGAUGGGUUAGAAACAAGGCCUGUUCAUAAUUUAUGUACACUGUAUACGAUUGUGGUUCACUGAGCGGGUACACUGAGAAAGUUUCAUUAUUCCAUGUAUAAAAAAAAAUGAAUGCAUGCUCUAGGUAAAUGACACUAAAUCAUGGCAACAACUAUACAUUUAGUGCCAUGUGCCAAACCUGAGCAUUUAUUUGUGGAAAUUUCUCAGUGGAUUUGUUGAAUUGAGUGCAAUAAUACAUAAAAUCUGCUUUGUCCCUGGAAAGCCAUAGUUUAACAUUAUAUUCUUUUACAUGUAUUUAAAUAAUACACUCUAGUAAUGUUGUAGCUGUAGAACCCAUUUUCUCAUUUUAGCAAAACUGCUAAAAACUGUCAAAUAAUACUAUCUAGGUUUAUUGUGAAAGAAAUCAUUUCAAUCAACUUGCAACUUUUUCCCAAUCGGUGCAUAGAGAGCGUUGCAAGUCAAUGCUUUGAAACAGUCAAAGAACAAAGGAGGUUUAAACAAACAAAAAAUAGAAUAGAUAAAGUUUUCUUCAACACAUGUCAUGAUCUUUAGCCCUUGGCCUGAGGAUUAAAAGAAAUUCUCUUUUGAGAAUGGGAGCCUAAGAAUCAUAAAAUUCUUCCAAAGAAAUUGAUCCUCAUUUCAUGUAAAGAGCUUUGAAUAGGAACACCAAUUAUGCAGCAAUAGCUUACUAAGGCAGUUCAUGAAUUUGGAUUGAACCAGUCAGUAGGAGCUCCCUACAUCAGAGGACGCAAAAGAUAUACCAUACAAAAAUUAGCCAACCCCGUAAUUAAAUCGAUGAAUAUAUAUAAAUCAAAACAUUUUGCAUUCCUAACCCUCACUCUCCAUCGUAGAUGAAAUUAAACCCGGAUCAAAUUGUCGCAGGAGCUAAUGUCGUGUCACCAAAUUUUCAUUAUAUCGAAAAGUUAUUCUUUUAGGUCCAUCAAGCUUUCAUAGUGUAACAAAAGGUGAAAUAAAUUAUGAAUAUUAAAGCAAA